UGGAGGUUCUGCCACUUAUUUCCUGGCAGAAGUACUUGAGAAAUCCCCUGCACGUGAAGGGGCUGCAACCCUUAUAUGGUCAUUCAGCCCUGAGUUGUUCCUGUCUGUCUCCAAACAUCUUUUCCCAUCCACGUAUCAUGAUGCGUUUAUGUGCUAUGGAAGUAUUAUGUAAUACAACGUAAUAAAACCAGGGUUUAUCAAUAGAAGAGUCCCAGUAGAAUAAAAACACUCUUAUAGAUUAGCGGGAGAUCUGACAAAAUAUGCAUAAAAGUAUAUUCUAUUAAAACAAACACCAGCAGAGAAAUGUACAAAUAAAAGCAGUAGCCCGACCUGUAAUUGCGGGGAAAACAUCAGUAACAUUCAAGACGUGUCUUCGUUCUGUUCAUUUUGCUUCCUUUUUGGUUGUUCUCCUUCUUUCAAGCAGCCGCUUGAAAAAAGCCACAGCUUUUAUCACUGGGUCAACUUUCAAACAUUUCUGCUUUGGGCGCUUUUUGUGCCGUUACAGACUUGGACACUGAAACUCCCAUACUACAAGUGAAGGCAACACAGAGCCCACAUAUCUUACCUCGCAAUGGGUCAGUUUAAAAGAAAGAGAAACUGAAAGCAGUCGAAGCAUCAUGUUGCAUCAUCGGCUGUCUGUCGCCAAACCCCGUUCGCUCAAAAGCCAUCAGACACACGGGCUGAGCGCUUCACUCCGGCUGCACAUUUACAGAACCAACAAGUCAUCAAGCACCAGACAUUAGUUUGCACGGAGACAUAGCAUUGCCUGUGUCACAGCCCAUACUUUUAUUUUUCAUCGUGAGUCAUUCAAAGUGUACAUCAAGCUGCAGAGGCGCGCUGCUUUCGCGUCAACGUCAGACUUUGAAUGGCAGCGCUUUGACCUGCGGGCGCGCAGCACGGAUGAUCCGGGCUACCGGUGGGCAAAGACAGCCAACCGGCCAGCCACUGUGCUGCAGGGGGAAGAGAUGUCUCCGUUAUUCAUGGACACUGGGCUGGAGUCCAACAGCCCUGGCUCGGGGUCAGCUAACGGGAGCAACACCGCUGGAUCGGAGAGAGAAGGAGAGGGCCAACAGAUGGGAAACCGAGGAAGGAAAAGACAAGAGAAGAACAGAGACGCUGCGAGAAAGAGCCGGAAAAAACAAACCGAGAGAGCGGACGAACUUCAUGAGGAGCUCCAGUGUCUGGAGCGUUCCAAUUCAGCCCUUAAAAAGGAGAUUGCCGCAUUGAAAAAAGACUUCCACCUUUAUACGACGACAUUGGAGUGCCACAAGCCUUUUUGCUGCCUCAAAGACUCCAUUUCCAGCUCCAGCUCUACAACCUGCCUCUCGGUUUCCCCCGAGGCCAGCUGUCGGGCUGGCCCCAGCCCUCCUGCUGUCCCUCCCCAGGCCUCAGGCUCCACUUUUGCUGCUGCCCCUCCGCUUUCUACCUCCUCAACCCAUAGCCUGGGUCUUCAAACCCGCGACUGUGUUGGAAGCACACCUCUCUCCUCUUCAACUGCUACUCCUCCAACAACCACGACAUUAGCCUCACCUAGCGGCUCGUCUGCUGAACUCGCCACUACGUCCAGCUCUGUAACGGCCCCUUACUCUGCCUCUUUCUCUGCUGACGCGGCUCCUCACUCUUUGUUCAGCCAACAUCCUCCUUCUCUAAUCACGUCAAGGCAGACAAACGUUCCGCCUGUCUGCACCAGCCUUGUUUCAAACCCCGCACCCUCCAUUUCUCUCACUGCAGCUGCUCAGCCUCAAUCUGGCCAAAGCAUCAUCAAUGAAAGCUCUGCAAUGUCAUCAAAUGCUGAUUUCUCUCCACUUCAUUCUGGUGCACUGGAUGCCUUUCUAAUGAAACAGGCCACUUUUAUAACCGAUUCAUCUAAUGUAGUGCCCCCUUACUCCCAUUUAGGGGCAGAAAACACAGGUCUAGUAGCGCAAGGUUGCUCCAUGGAUGUGCCCCAGCUUCAUCCAUGUCAGUUCAGCAGAAAUCCAAUGGAUUCAAGUCCACCAACGUUUCAAGCUCCUGCUCUUCAGUCCCUCUCAGCGCCGCCUCCUGACUCUGCUUUUGCCUUAAAGCCGAGUUAUAGCCAACAGGUCACACUCAAUCCUGCGCCUCUGCUUUCCCUGCUCACUGUCCCGAGUCCCCUUUAUGUACCUCAGACUACCUCCAGCAUCUUUGAUGGACCUCUCUAUCAACCUUCACCUUCACUGCCACAACUGGGGGAUAUCUCAAAAGAUCUCUCCCUUUCUGAGCUCCUGGAGGUCAAUGAUUGGAUACUAAAUGGGACUAGUCACCAGUAGCACUACAUUGCAAACAAAGACCAGCUUUAU